AUUGUAUGAGAAUUGAGCGCGUAAACAAUAUUCGUAUCCGAAAAAGAUGCUUCAACUGAUGCGUCAGUAUCCCUCUUGGUCAUUUCUCAUAAUUACCACCGGCACAAUUGCUGCCUCUGAGGUGAUAUGGUUCGCAUAUAAAUCGAUUUGCAAGUGGAUGCGAUGGCGAGAGGCUCAGGUGCAUGAGGUGCUCAUGUUCAAUGAACUGGGCUUCGAAUGCAUGCUAGAGCAUCGCAUGGGCAUCGAAGAGGGCCGUAUGUACCAUUGUCAAAAUAAGUAUUGCGCUCAGCGCAACAUCCAUCGCAUUAUCGAACAACUGGACAAGGCGAAAUACAGCAUUGAUCUGGCCAUGUAUUCUAUGCAGUCCAUUGAGAUGACACGCGCUUUGAAAAACGCUUUGCUCCGCAAGGUUGUUGUUCGCAUAAUAGUCAGUCUACAACGCACGAGUAAAAUCAAUCGCCAUCUGCUUGAUCUUAUUGAGCGUGGCGCCCAUCUGCGCAAGCAGAAUUCCAAUUACUUUAUGCAUCACAAGUUCUGCGUGAUCGAUGGGGAAGAGCGCGUGAAUCACCUUUGGAGUCUAAAGAAACGCAAUUACGGACCAGAGACUACGUACAGCGUCCUAAUUAAUGGCUCCCUCAACUGGACGGAUGGCGGCAUCGGCAUAAACUGGGAAAAUGUGGUCAUC